AACGUGUACGCCAAGUGUGCGUGCUCUGUGUAUAUGUUUGUGUGUGUGUAUGUUCGUCCGACCGUCGCGUUUCCAUAGGUAACAACACGCCAGCAGUCGUCGUGCGCGCUGCCGUCGUUUCGGUUUUUUUUAUUUUGUUAUUAUUUUUUUGAAAACCGUCGUGUGUGUGUGUGUGUGUAUGUUUGUUUUGUGUAUUAUUAUUUGAUAUAAACUCUGUUAUCACUCCGGCGACGACAGAGAGAGGCGGCUUUCAGUCAUCGUUCCGACGUCGUUAUCAGCGGCAACGGAUCACAUACGACCGAUCCACGAAUGUAUGUAGGCCGUCGUAUUCACGUAUCCGUUUAUAUAUUUUUGCGACAAUUUGACCGGAUACCGGUGUUGGUAGUGCGAGACAUGGAAAAGUACACAGUAUAGACAAAAUAAAUUACACAAACAUGAUCAAGUGAGUCCGAACCGGCCGCAGCGGACAGAGAAGUCCAUGUCGUACUACAAGGACCGUUUGGGGUUCGACCCACACGAGCCCAGCACCAACGGGGACGCGUUGAAGUCGAAACGCGGUUACGAGGAGAACCUGUGCAAAUUCAAAGACGAAAGAGACGCCAUACAAAAGAAAACGUUUACGAAAUGGGUGAACAAACAUUUGAAAAAGCAUUGGAAGUAUUGGAAGACACACACAUGCUCGCCACAGGCGUGCUCUAACUCUUGUCGCUCGUGUGCCAACCGACACGUCGGCGAUUUGUUCAUCGACUUGCAGGACGGUCUCAACCUGAUUUCGCUGUUGGAAGUGCUUUCCGGCGAUCAGUUGCCGAGAGAACGAGGCAAACUCAGGUUUCACAUGCUGCAGAAUGUUCAGAUGGCGCUCGAAUAUCUCCGUUUCAAAAAGAUUAAACUGGUCAACAUCCGGGCCGAAGACAUCGUGGACGGCAACCCGAAACUCACGCUAGGCCUCAUAUGGACCAUUAUCCUUCAUUUCCAGAUAUCUGACAUAGUCGUAGGCGAAGAACCCAACGUAUCGGCCAGGGACGCUCUGUUGAAAUGGGCCCGCAAGUCCACGUCCAAGUACCCAGGAGUGCGCGUGUCGGACUUCACGUCGUCUUGGCGCGAUGGCAUGGCCUUCAACGCUAUUAUACAUAGGAACAGACCGGAUCUAGUAGACUGGCGCACGGUGAAGAGCAAGACGGUUCGCGAACGAUUGGAGUCGGCAUUUUACACGGCCGAACGCGAAUACGGUGUCACCAGAUUGUUGGAUCCCGAAGAUGUGGACACCCACGAGAUUGACGAGAAAUCCAUUAUCACAUACAUAUCUUCGCUACAUGAAGUUUUCCCUGAACCUCCACGCCUACACCCUCUGUACGAUUCGGACUCCCAGCAACGCACAACGGAAUAUCGUGAAAUCGCCACUUCGUUGAACCGUUGGAUGCGCGAAAAGUUGUCGCAGAUGUCCGACCGUAACUUCCCGUCCACUCUGAUCGAAAUGAAAAAGUUGGCUUCCGAAUCCACUAGAUUCCGCAACGAAGAGCUGCCGCCGCGGCACCGUGACAAACAGCACCUCGUGCACCUGUACAAGGAACUGCAGAAAUAUUUCGAGGCCGUCGGCGAGGUGGACAUCGAACCGGAACUGCAAGCGGACGCCAUCGACCGCACGUGGAACCGUUUGAUGAUGACCUACCAGGACCGGGACUCGGCCAUCCAGGAGGAGAUCAAGCGGCUGGAACGCCUGCAACGGUUGGCCGAGAAGGUGCACCGCGAGACCAAGCGCACCGACCUUAAGCUGGACGAGCUGGAGACCCGCAUCGUAGAGGAAGGCCGCCGCGCCGACAGGCUACAUCCGUUGGACGCCAAGCACAAUGCCGAUCAGCUGGAGACCGAGCUGCGGCUGUCGGAAGACACCAUUCAGUCGCUUUUUGUGGACGUGCAGGCGCUGAGGGAAGGCCGUUACGUGCAAGCGCCCGAGCUACAGAAAAGAGUUGAAAAAUUGCAUCAGAAAUGGGUGAACCUACGUUCUUUGCUGCACUCGAAAGUGCUCACGCCGUUGGCCACUCUAUCUUUCCCGAUCGUCGAAGAACGCACAGUUACCAAACAAACCAGGACCAUUCUGGAAACCCGUCUGGUCGACACCAACACGCAUUUCCGGUCGUUGCAGGACUGCAUCGAUUGGUGCAACAACAAAUUGAAACAAUUGCAAGAGGCCGAAUACGGUUCGGAUUUGCCGGGCGUCAAGGCUCUGCUGGACCAACACCACCGCGAACACAAAACCAUCGAUCAAUUCCACACCAAAGUCGAACACUGCAUAAACGCCAAGGCCAAUUUCCACGGCGACGAACUGGCGCUGUACUCGCAGCACUUGAACACACUGCAGAAGGUCUACUCCGACUUGGUCACGUUCUCCAACAAGCGGCUGUCCGAUUUGGAAACGCUGCAAGAUUUCCUGCAGUCGGCCACCAACCAGCUGAAAUGGCUCAACGAAAAAGAAGAAAUCGAACUCAACCGAGACUGGAGCGACAAAGACCUGAACGUACCGUCCAUUAGACAGUACUACGAGUCUUUGAUGUCCGAGCUGGAGAAAAGAGAAAUCCAAUUGAGUUCCGUCCAAGACCGCGGGGAAGCGUUGAUCUUACAGGGUCAUCCGGCUUCCAAAUGUAUCGAAGCGUACAUCACAGCUCUGCAGACACAAUGGACAUGGUUGCUCCAGUUGACUCUCUGCUUGGAGACCCAUCUGAAGCACGCCGCUUACUAUCAUCAGUUCUACGCCGACAUCAAGGAUGCCGAAAAUUGGUUGAGCAAACGGGACGAUUUGUUGAACACCGUCUACAGCCAGUCCGAGUUCACUCUGGACGAGGGCGAACGUUUGCUCAAAGGCAUGCAGGACCUUCGUGACGAACUCAACAACUUCAGCGAAGCUAUCGGCACACUCGAGGAACGUUCGAGACAAGUGGUGCCGCUCAAACAACGCAGACUACCAGUUACCAGACCUCUUCCAGUCAACGCCAUUUGCAAUUACAAACAGAGCGGGAUCAACGUCGAAAAGGGAUCUCAAUGGCUGCUUCACGACAACUCCGGUCGUGUCAAGUGGAGAGUGUCCAGAGGAAUGAACCUAACCGACGAUUCCAAUGUUCCAGGAGUAGUGUUUUUGAUACCGCCACCAGACCAGGAAGCAUUGGAUGCAGUCGAACGUUUGCGCAGGGCCUAUGACCGUACCACCGCUCUUUGGCAACGCAAACAAUUGCGCAUGCGUCAAAAUAUGAUAUUUGCAACUAUUAAAGUGGUUAAGUCGUGGGAUUUGGCUCAAUUUUUGGCUAUGGGAGCCGAUCAGCGUAACGCCAUUCGCAAAGCUCUCAACGAGGACGCCAACAAACUGUUGCGCGAAGGCGACCCGGCUGAUCCUCAACUCAGGAGACUCAAAAGAGAGAUGGACGAGGUGAAUAGACUGUUUGAUGAGUUUGAACGACUUUCGAAAGCCGAAGAAGAUGCCAAGAACCUUUCGAGAGUGUUUAACGAACAAGCGAAAACCAUACAGAUAUCGUUGGACGAGUAUGAACACACUUUAAACACCAGAUUGAGCGCGCCCAUACCUCGCGACAUAGACACAUUGGAACAUCUUGUGAUUCAACACAAAGAUUUUGAAACAUCGUUGAAGAGCAUGGGUCCCGAAGUGGAAGCCAUGCAAGCAACGUUCAAGAAAAUACCGAACAAGACUCAAGCUCAACAGACCAAACACGAUAAGAUUGUGAACCAAUGGAAUCAAUUAUGGAAUUUGUCUCAAUUGUACGUCGAGCGAUUAAAGUGUGCCGAAAUUACAUUGACCGGAAUGGAAGAGGCCAAUAACAUUAUAUCCGACUUUGAGAUCAAAUUGGCGUCUUAUGGUGAAAUGCCGUCUGAACUGCCUGCCUUGAAAUUGGUCCAUCAAGAUCUGAUAGCUUUGCAAAAGAGUGUUGUCCACCAUCAGCCGGCCAUUGACCAAUUGGUCGAGGACAAGAACAGCACCAGGCGUCUGACGGAAAAAUCCAGACACCACUUGCCACGCCCAGCUCAUCACGAUCUCGAUAGACUGGACAGCGACGUAAAUCGUAUAAUAAAUCGAUGGAACAACGUGUGCAGUCAACUAGUAGACAGGUUAAAGAGCUGUGAAGCCGCCUAUGAUCUAUUAAGCAAAUACAAAAACGCUUACCAGAGCGAAGUCCAAGUGGUCGACGAUACUUUCCAGAAAAUGCAAGCGAGGGAUCUCAACGCAUCCACAAGGGCUUUGUAUAACAAGGUGCAGGAACAUACUAAAGCGAUUGAAAACGUCAAUGUGGACGGGGGCAGAUUUAUUCGAGAAGCUAAGAUCUACGACCUGCGGCUGCAGCACUAUUGCGCUUGGCUAGUGGAGGAGGUCCACCCCAGCCUAGACGCCAGCAGCUAUCAAAAAGGACAGACCAUGGAUCCCAGCGCCGGUGAGUUGGCCGUGUCCCAUGAACUGGACGUGCUCAACCACAGGUUCCAAGCAUUGCUGAACACGCUGAUCGACCAGCUGAAGAACUUGGCGUCAAUGAACCCGGACGACCGAGAACUACAGGAGUAUGUCGGCAGUCUGGAGGCGAGGCCGCCGCUGCGCACGUUCAGAACCGAGUUCAACAUAUACGAUACGGUUCCCGAGGUGUCCACCAACGGCGUGAACGGCGAUCAGAUUACGGCGGUAAAAGCUAACGGCGGAAUAUUGCAAGCUACCAUGGGCGGCCAUCAUUCGUCUCCGACCUCGACCAAUGCUGCUGAUUUUUCGGACGCACGGCCGGUCCGCCGGCGCACGGCCGACGGAGGAGCUGCUGACGACGACAUCAUUAACACGGCCGGCAUUGUGCACCCAAAGACCGGCGAGGUUUUGACCGUGGGCGAGGCGAUCCGGCAAAGGGUGCUGGACGUGCGCACCGGUCGUAUCGCCACUCAGCCGGACUCCAAGUCCGGUUGGUUGGACAUCGAACAAGCCGUGGACAGAGGCCUGGUGCACAAGGUUUUGGCUGACAAACUGUUGGGGCCUUGCGCGAUCGGCGGCACGUGCAUAACUUUGCUGGAAGCCAUACAAAAGGAGCUGUUGGACGCCGAACGCGGUCCGAUGGAGAGGAUAAAGGUAAACAACGAGCAGCAGACGCUCGAUUCGAGCGAGGUUAGGGGUGAAGUGUUUCAAGUGUUGAACAAGCGGGUGACGGUAAACGAGAAAGAGAUGUCAGUGUUGGACGCGGCUCACCGAGGCCGUUUGGACGACGUGCACUUGGCUGAUGACGAGUUACGGUUACUGUCGAAAUUAAACGGCCUCGAGCCCAAGGGCUCCAUCAAAGCGGUGUUGACUAAAACUUUGGACUCGCUCAGACUUAAAGACGACUCCAGGAUAGACGUACCGCCCGAGGGAUGGAGCCUGUUUGAAGCGGUUGACCACAACCUGUUGGAUCCCGUGUCCGGAGUGUUCAUCAUACCUGGCACCGACCGGCUGGUGUCAUUCAAGGAGUGCGUGGAUAUGCGCAUUAUUAACCCGGACUCGGCGUUGGUGGUCGACCCUGUCAAACCAAGAACGUUGACUUUGAAACAAGCGCUAAAAAAAAACAUUUUGGACUCGUCGGGUCGUUACCAAGGGUCCACCAUGCAAGAGGCAAUCGAAGCAGGCUUCGUGUGCGACCCUUCAGCCGUACCAGUGUUUGUUGAACUGGUAGACGACACCCAAAACGGAAAGCGCAAAGUCGAACGGUCCAACAGUGUUAAGUAUCAACCGUUUGAUAUACAAGAAGCGAUAACGGAAGAAGAACCGGAUGACUUUGAUCUGUAUGACACCGAUAAAACCUCAACUAUAGCUACUAUUGUGUCUCUACUCGAGUAUGGUACGGCGGGAACAACACUGCAAGCAAUGGCUGAAAAGUACAAAUUGUGUGAUGACACGCUUACCGAAUAUCUGAAUUGGAUAGGAGAGAUCGAGGACAGAAUCGCCAAUCAAGAUAUCGCUCAAGAAGAUUUAGAUCAAUUGCGCAAUCAAAUUAAUGUAUUAAAGUUGAUCAAAGAAGAAAUCGAUUCGCAACUGCGUCCCAUCACUACCUGUUUGGACCAAGUGCGUCACAUAAUUGCCACCGGCAGCGAAUUCUUGUCCCGAGAAGAAGUCAACAACGUGGAAAAGAAAGGCAAAUCGUUGAAGUCACGUUACGACCACGCCAACGACCGUACCGACAAACUUUUGCGGCGUCUGGUAUCGGCCAAAGAUGAACUUUCCAAGUUCAAAUCCGAACUCACCACAUUCACCACGUGGAUGGACCGCGCGCAACGCACAUUGGAGGAAAAAGAACGCGCUCUGGCCAACAUCAACCGGUUGUCCGACACUUCUUCCAUCGAGUCCACCAAAGAAUUCGUAUCCGACGUUAUCGCUCAUCAAGCCGACCUGCGUUUCAUCACCAUGGCGGCUCAGAAGUUCACCGACGAGUCCAAGGAAUACUUGACUUGCUUGAACGAGUUCAGAACCGGGCUGCCGUCUCGCCUGCCGCACAUCGAACCUGUGUCGUCGCAAGACAGCGUGGUCAAGAACACUGUCACAAGAGUCACUAACAACUACAAGGACCUGUUGUCCCGUGCCAACGCUUUGUCGGACAAACUGAGCGGUCUCAGUUCCAAACAAAGAGAAUACAAGGACGCGCUAGCCACGGCCAAAGCUUGGCUCAGAGACGUCGAGCCUAGAGCGGUGAAAAUAUUGAACGAGCCGAUCGGAGCCGAUCCAAGUGCUCUGGAAGAUCAACUCAGUCGCACAAGAACGUUGAACAACGAAUUUCUAGGUCAAGCGAGACUCAUCGAAAACGUCAAACAAGCCGCCGACGCGUUGAUCAGGUCGCUGGAGGGACAGAGCGGAGUUAAAGAAAUCGAAGCCAUAAAAGGACCGGUCAAAGACUUGGAAGACAAGUACAGGUCUCUUUGCAACGGACUGGCAGACCGUCUGUCACAGUUGGAUACCGCUCUAGUGCAAUCGCACGGUGUGCAAGACGCGUUGGAUUCGUUGCUUCAGUGGCUGAACGACGCCGAAAACUCACUAAAAAACAUUACAAGACCCGUUAGUCUGCACCCAGAACGUUUGUCCGAACAGAUUCGUGAGUAUAGAUUAUUACAGUCGGACAUUGACACUCAUAGAGCAAGCGUUGACAGCGUUGCGCAUUCCACACAAGAGUUGAUGAUUAACUCGAGCAAUCCUAGAUUGGCCAAGAAAAUCGAAAUCAAACUCAAAGACGUGACCACCAGAUUCGAGAAGCUUUUGGACAGAACAGCCAAACGCGGAGAGUUGUUGAACGAAAUUAAUCAGACUUUGUCGUCAUUCAACAGUCAAGCGGCAAUGCUAGAACAGUGGUUGGCCAACGCCCUUGAGAAUUUCCACGACUUGCCGGAAAACAAAUUGGACGACUUGAUUGUGCAGAGAGACUCCCAACGUCAGACUCUAGACCAAACCAUUAGAGACGGCAAAGCUCUGAUCAACAACAAGGACGUGACUGAUACUCCACCGGUCCGAGAUCGAGUCAAGGGUUUGGAAAACCAAUGGAAAAAUUUGAACCAGCUCUUGGAAGAGAAACACAGGGCGUCUAAAGCCAAGGCUGAACAACUCCAGGCGUACGAAAAGCUCAGAGAUCAAGUCCUUGUGUGGCUGAACAACACUGAAAAACGAGUCAACCAAUUAGAGAGCGUAGCUGUUGACAUGAACAUUAUCAAAAAUCAAAUCGAAGAACUCAAGCCAAUCGCCAAAGACCAUCGCGACUACAGCAACACCAUCGACAAGCUUAAUGACAUAGGAGCUACUUUCUACGACACAACGUCCUAUUCUAACUCGUUGCGAAGGCGUAGUUCUGCGUCUCCUACCAAACGGUUCUCUUUGGAUUCACUGAGAAAGACCUCUAGAGAUUCACCGAGAAGUAGUUUCUCCUACAACAGAAUUGAAGAAGGACUAGACGACAGUCCCGUACAACAGGAGCUGAACGAAAUCAACAAUCGUUACAACUUGUUGGGCGUGAAGAUAUCAGACAGACAAAACGAACUCGACACCAUCAAAGACGAAGUGAGGAAAAUGGUUGAAAACAUAAAAAUAUUGAAUCAGUUUUUGGACAAAACACAAAAAGCGCUGCCCAAGGAAAGCAUACCGCUGUCCAAAGAAGAAUCUGACAAAGCCGUACGACAAGUCAAGGCCGUGUUAGAAGAAAUGUACGAGAAACAAUCGUUGUUGGACAGCACUAAGUCCGGCGUCAAUGACUUGCUCAGGAAGAAACCUACUUCUCUGGGAGCUGAUAAGCUUCACGACGACUUGCAGAGUAUCACAACGCGUUGGAAGAGCCUGAACGAUAUUUGUAAGAACCGCAUUCAACUGUUGGAAGACUUAAAAGAUUUCCACGAUUCGCACGACAACUUGUCCAACUGGCUGGGAGCCAAAGAACGCAUGUUGAACGUUUUGGGGCCGAUAUCGUCCGACUCCAGAAUAGUGCAAAGCCAAGUUCAACAAUUGCAAGUGCUGAGAGAAGAAUUCCGUACACAACAACCGCAACUGACUCAUUUGACAACGGUCGGCGAGAGUAUACUCGGCCGAUUGCCAGACACUCAUUCACCUGAUGCUCAACGGUUUGCCAAUAAACUGGAAGCCAUCCGACAGAAAUGGGCUGAUUUACUCGGAAAACUAGAAGAGAGAGCGUCCAACUUGGGCGCAGCAGCUGACUCCACUAGAGAAUUCGACGCUGGCCUUGCUCGUUUAACUGGAGCACUACAAAAUAUUUCCGAUCAGCUUGAUGAUAUUUCUUACGACAAAGAACCGGAAGAGAGGCUAAGAAAGAUACAGAAUUUAGAGAGGCAAUUGGAAGGUCAAAGGCCGCUGUUAGCUGAUCUUGAAGAUGCCGGAAACCACUUGUGUGACGUGCUGGACGAUCCGGCUUGCAAAGCAGACAUACAAUCAAAACUGGCAGCCGUCAACAGACAGUACAACAACUUGCAAAAGAAACUGGACAACAAGAAAGCCGAGAUCGAAGGGUCGCUCAAGGACGGAAGACAAUUCGAAGCCGAUUGCGCUUUGACGCUCGGUUGGCUUUCAGACAACCUUGGAAGCCUGACCGAACGGCUGUUGAUAUCAGCCGACAGAGAUAUUUUACAACAACAGGUAGCUCAAUACGAACCCAUUUACAAAGAAGUGUUGCAUAAGGAACAUGAAAUCAUUAUGCUGUUGAACAAAGGUCGGGACAUGCUCUCUCGAUCUGGACAGCGCAGCGAAUCUCGAAAUUUGCAGCGAGACUUGGACAAGAUUCAACAGAACUGGGACAAACUACGUAAAGACGCCGUGGACCGUCACAACAGACUUCAGACAUGCAUGGAACACUGCAGGAAAUAUUACAGAGCACUAGAAGCUUUCACGCCGUGGCUGACACAAGCCGAAAACAAACUAGAACAAAUCAAACCCAGCAACUUCAACAAGAGAGAUGUGGACAAACAGCUUAGGGAAUUAUCCGCAUUUAGAAACGAAGUGUGGAAACACUCUGGCGAAUACGAAAACGUCAAGACUCUCGGAGAGACGUUCCUUGCCUCAUGCGAUGUGGACAAAGAGUUAGUGAAACAAGAGCUGUCUGCCAUUAAGAACCGCUGGGACAGGCUGAACAACGAACUGACCGAGAGAUCGCAAUGGCUAGAAGACGUGUCCAGGAAACUGGCCGACUUCUCGGAUAACCUCAGAGACUCUGAACACGCUUUGCAACGUUGUGAAGAUAAAUUGGCGUCGCACGAUUCCGUCGGAGGAGCGGCGCGCGAUCCAAAACUUUUGGAAAGGAUCAAGGCGUUGCGUGAGGACGCGAGGAAAUUGAGAGGUCCGUUGGUGAGUCUGAGGCAGACCGCCGGUGACUUGGCUUCCGAAGCCGCGCAAAUGGGCGUAGGCGAUUCGUUGAAACACCAGGACGAAGUGGACAGUCUUAUGGACAGACUAGACGAUUUGGAGGGCAAACUUGACGAUCGGUGCGCUCAGUUGCAGUCGGCAUCAACCGCGUUGGCUCAGUACGCCGACAAAGUAAAGACGCUUGGCAAGAACUUAAACGAUCUAGAAGCCGAAUUCGACGGCUUGAAACCACCCGGCAGAGAUAUCAAAACCGUUACCGGCCAGUUGGACGAAGUAGACAAAUUCAUAAAAAAAAUCGCCAGGGCCGGUGAAGACGUAACAGAAAUGCUAGAUUUCGGCCAACGUUUGGAAGAUUCCAGUUCGAUACGCGAUCAAGCCGAGUCGCUUACACGACAACUCAAUAGACUCGACGAGAGGGCAUCAAACAGACAGGCUGAUCUAGAAAACGUUCUGGAGAGACUUCACGCGUUCAAGAACAAGUACGACAACGUCCUACACGACAUUAGCCAUGCCACCGAUGAGUUUAGAAACCUGAAACCGAUCGGCUCGGACGUAGAAGCUAUUAAAUUCCAACAGAAAGAGUUCGCUACGUUCAGGAAAAACACCAUCGAACCGCUCGUGGCGUCUGUCGACGAAGUCAACGGUCUGGGCCAAAGAUUGGUGCAGUCCGCCGCGAGAGGCGUAAACACCAGCGUGUUGGAAAAAGACUUGGAAAAAAUGAACGACAAGUGGAAUGCGUUAAAAGAAAAAUUGAACGAGAGAGACAGACGUUUAGAUUACGGUCUCCUACAGUCGGGCAAAUUCCAAGAAGCUCUCGACGGAUUCGCUAAGUGGUUGGCCGAUACUGAAGAAUUAGUGUCUAACCAGAAACCUCCUUCAGCCGACUACAAGGUCGUGAAGGCACAACUACAAGAACAAAAAUUCUUAAAGAAGAUGUUGGCGGACCGACAGAACUCAAUGGGCUCCAUAUUCGACAUGGGCAACGAGGUAGCGGCUAAUGCAGACCCGAGGGAACGCAAAGAAAUCGAACAACAGUUAAAAGAUUUGUCUCAGCGUUUCAACAAUUUGGAUCGCGGAGCGACUAAGCGUAUGGAUGACUUGCAGAGAGCCAUGGUCGUAGCCAAGGAGUUUAUUGAAAAACUCAUGCCUCUCUUGGAAUGGUUGGACAAAAGCGAAAAGAAAAUCAAGGACAUGGAACUUGUGCCUACUGACGAAGAAAAAAUACAACAGAGAAUCAAAGAACAUAAUAAACUGCACAAUGAAAUUUUGGCCAAGAAUUCAGACUUCAAAGAUCUUACCGAUAUCGCCAGCACUCUGAUGGCUUUGGUCGGCGAAGACGAGGCUAUCGGUGUUGCAGACCGCAUCCAAGAAACUGCCGAUCGCUAUGCCACUCUGGUCAACACGUCCGAGAGAUUGGGACAGUUGCUGCAGGAUUCGCGUUCGGGUCUCCGUCACCUGGUGUUGACGUACCAAGACCUUCAGGCCUGGAUGGAAGGCAUGGAAAACCGAUUGGGCAGGUACAAAGUAUUGCCGGUGCACACUGACAAAUUGGCUCAACAAAUGGAAGACAUUGCCGACCUCUGCGAAGAAAUAUCCAACAAACAGUCCGACGUGGACGGAACCGUAGACUCGGGCAUGGAACUCAUGAAACACAUCACUAGCGACGAAGCCAUACAGCUCAAAGACAAACUGGACGUUUUGCAGAGGCGCUACAACGACUUGGUGGCGUCCGGUACAGACCUAUUGAAAAACGCCGAAGGCAUGUUGCCACUCGUCCAACAGUUCCACAACGCUCAUAAACGUUUGGGCGAUUGGAUGUUGUCCGCCGAAUCGCAGUUACAGAUGGCCGAACCUAAAGAGGAAGACAUUAAUAACUUGGAACUCGACAUUCAAGAGUUCCGUCCAGUUUUGGAAAGUAUCAAUCAAAUUGGACCACAACUAUGCCAGAUGUCACCUGGCGAAGGUGCUGCUACUAUCGAAGGAUUGGUGACCAGAGACAACAGGCGAUUUGACGCCAUCUGCGAACAAAUCCAGAGGAAAGCCGAACGCAUACAGCUGUCCAAACAAAGGUCGCUCGAAGUGAUAGGAGAUAUGGACGAUCUCCUCGAUUGGUUCCGUGAGGUAGAAAAUCAAUUAAGAGAAGCGGAACCACCGAGCAGUGAGGUGGAUAUCAUUCGUGUACAACUCAAAGAGCACAAAGCUCUCAACGACGACAUCUCGAGCCAGAAGGGCCGAGGUAGAGACGUAUUGUCCAUGGCCAAAAAAGUUCUCAGGGAAGUAACGCAGAACAACGAUGCUAGUGUAAUGCGAGAAAAGAUGGAAGACUUGCGUGAAGUAAUGGAAACAGUAUCGUCGCUGAGUGCCGAACGAUUGAGCGUGCUCGAACAGGCAUUACCGCUCGCUCUACACUUCCAAGAAUCGCACUUCGAUUUGUCACGUUGGUUGGACGAAAUGGAAAGACAAAUGCAGAUGUUGGCCAUGCCGGCCUUGAGACCAGAAUUGAUUGCACAGCAACAGGACAAGAAUGAACAAUUUAUACAAUCCAUAUCCGAACAUAAGCCACUCGUAGACAAGUUGAAUAAAACAGGAGAAGCACUGAUCCGGUUAUGCAAUGAAGACGAAGGAAUGAAAAUUCAGGACAUUUUAGACAGCGACAACAGCAGAUACAAUGCGUUAAGAGCUGAACUCAGACAGAGGCAGCAGGCUUUGGAGAAAGCAUUACAGGAGACAAGCCAGUUUAGCGAUAAACUGGAAGGCAUGCUGAGGGCCUUGCAGAACACAGCUGAACAAGUAUCUGGUGCUGAACCCAUAUCGGCUCAUCCGCCCAAAAUCCGUGACCAACAAGACGAGAACGACGCGGUUGUCGAGGACCUUCACAAGCGCGCUGACGCAUUCCAGGCUGUGAAAAAAGCAGCAAAUGACGUCAUCAACAAAGCGCCCAACUCUUCAGAUCCAGCCGUCAAGGACAUCAAACGCAAAUUGGAUCGUCUCAACAGCCUGUGGAAUGAGGUGCAAGAAGCUACUAACGACCGAGGUCGAAGCCUGGAAGAGGCCUUAAUAUUGGCAGAAAGAUUCUGGGAAGAAUUACAAAACGUUAUGGCCACCCUGAAGAACAUCCAAGAUUCACUGUUGUCCCAGGAGGCGCCUGCCGUCGAACCAGCUAUGUUGAAAAAACAAAAAGCCGUGUUGAAAGAAAUUAAAGCGGAAAUCGACCAGACCAAACCUGAAGUAGAACAGUGUCGUGCCAGUGGUCAAAAGUUGAUGAAAGUCUGUGGCGAACCUGACAAACCAGAAGUGAAGAAGCACAUCGAAGAUUUGGACAAUGCGUGGGAAACUGUAACUGCAUUGUUCGCCAAGUGCGAAGAAAACUUAAUAAAAGCCAUGGAUAAAGCUAUGGAGUUCCACGAAACAUUACAAGAUUUGCUCAAAUUUUUGGACGGAGCUGAACGCAGGUUUGCCAACUUGGGACCUUUGGGUACAGACAUUCAAGCUGUUAAAAAACAAAUAGGCGAACUCAAAAACUUCAAGUCAGAUAUUGACCCACAAAUGGUGAAAGUGGAAGCUUUGAACAGACAAGCUCAGGAACUUACGGAAAGAACAUCGGCUGAACAAGCAGCAGCGCUUAAACAACCUUUGUCGGAAGUAAACCGAAGAUGGGAAAAUCUUCUCAAGGGUAUUGUCGAACGCCAACGUCAACUCGAAAACAGUCUGUUGCGUUUAGGACAGUUCCAUCAUGCUUUAGCAGAACUCCUCGCUUGGAUCGAUUCUACCAACAAAACUUUGGACAAAGACUUGAAGCCUGUAGCUGGCGAUUCACAGCUCCUUGAAGUCGAGCUGGCUAAACUCAAAGUUCUAGUAAACGACAUUCAGGCCCACCAGUCUAGCGUGGAUACACUUAAUGACGCUGGCCGCCAGUUAAUUGAGAGCAGCAAGGGUUCAGCUGAGGCCAACAGCACACAAGACAAACUCAAUUUGCUCAACAAAAGUUGGAGAGACCUUUUGCAAAAGGCGGCUGAUCGUCAAUUAGAAUUGGAAGAUGCCCUCUCAGAUGCUCAACGAUUCGCUGCAGAAAUACAAGAUCUGCUAUCUUGGCUUGGAGAAGUUGACGGCAUUAUUGCCACAUCCAAGCCCGUUGGUGGUUUACCCGAAACGGCUAGUGAACAACUGGAACGGUUUAUGGAAGUGUACAAUGAGUUGGAAGCCAAUAGACCUAAAGUAGAAACAGUUUUGGCUCAAGGACAAGAGUAUCUGAAGAAAUCACCUGGCUCUGGUAAUUUGGCACAGAACUUGAAAACAUUGAAACAACGAUGGGAAAGCGUUACGGCUAGAGCAAACGAUAAAAAGAUCAAACUAGAAAUUGCUCUUAAAGAAGCCACCGAGUUCCACAAUGCUUUACAAGCCUUUAUCGAUUGGUUGACCGACGCUGAGAAAACUCUGUCUAACCUAAAACCUGUGUCCCGUAUUCUACCAACAAUAUUAUCUCAGAUUGAAGACCACAAGGCGUUCCAAAAGGAUGUUAGCUCUCACAGGGAAGUUAUGCUUCAUUUAGACAAAAAGGGGACGCACUUGAAGUAUUUCUCGCAAAAACAAGACGUCAUCCUUAUCAAAAACUUGUUGAUUAGUGUUCAGCAUCGUUUUGAGCGUGUCGUUUCCAAGAGUGCAGAGAGGACCCGAGCGCUCGAUCAUGGUUACAAAGAGGCUCGUGAGUUCCACGAAGCUUGGUCCGGCCUAAUGGAUUGGUUGAGCAACACAGAAAAGAACUUGGACGAAUUAGCCCAGGACGCCACUGUCGGUAAUGAUCCUGACCGCAUCAAGCAACGUUUGGCCAAGCACAGGGAUGUACAGCGUGCAUUGAGCGCUAAACAAGCGACUUACGACUCCACCAUGAGAAUGGGAAAAGCGUUAAAGGAAAAAGCCCCGAAGAGUGACGAACAACCGUUGAACAAAAUGAUCAACGAGUUGAAGGAAAAAUGGAAUUUGGUGUGCACCAAGACAGUAGACCGACAGAGGAAAUUGGAAGAGGCCCUAUUGUACUGCGGACAGUUUAAGGACGCCAUGGAAGCGCUCUUGGAUUGGUUGCGAAAGGCUGAAAAGAGGUUAAUCGAUGAUGGACCGGUGCACGGAGACUUGGACACCGUCAUGGCUCUAGUCGAACAGCACAAGGCGUUUGAAGAGUCAUUGUCUAAACGUCACGACCAAAUGAGAACUGUGAAGCAAACUGGCAAAGACCUGAUGUCCAAGGCCAGUCCCAGCGACCGCGCCAUUAUCCAAUCUCAGUUAGACGAUUUGGAAAAUCAAUGGAGCCGAACGAGUAAAUUAUGUGACAAGCGAACAGAAAAACUAGAAGACGCGUUAAGACAAGCUGAACAGCUGCACAAAUCUGUGCACUUGCUGUUGGAGUGGUUGUCCGACGCCGAAAUGAAACUUAGGUUUAUCGGACCAUUGCCGGAUAACGAGCAAGAAACUAGGCAACAGUUGAACGACCACAGGAAGUUCAUGGAAGAAAUGACCGACAAGCAACACGAAAAAGACUCUACGGUUAAUUUGGCGCAGAAAAUCUUGGAAAAAGCUCAUCCCGACGCUAUCAAUGUGAUAAAGCAUUGGAUUACUAUAAUUCAGUCCAGAUGGGAAGAAGUUUGGACUUGGGCUAAACAGCGUGAACAAAAACUCAUGGACCACUUGCAGUCACUUCAAGAUUUGGACUCCCUGUUGGAGGAACUAUUCGCCUGGUUGACCAAAUUGGAAAAUCGACUAUUGGAUUUGGAAUCUGAAUCUUUGCCCGACAGUAUUGAAGUGACCGAGAAGCUGAUCGAAGAACACCGUGAAUUUAUGGAAAACACUGCCAAGAGACAAUCUGAAGUAGACGCUGUAUGCAAAGCCAAGCAACCGGCCGCUCCGGCUGGCAGAAAACCAUCAGCUAUUAAGAAAACGUCAGCAGUCAGUCGUGAAGACUUAGCUGGCAGUGUACAUGAUUUAUCCGAUCACCGCAAAAACAGUCGAGCAAGUCCAGUGAUCAAAGACAAACCCGCUGACCAGUUGCCGCAUAUCGGACCCAGAUUCCCAGCUAAAGGAAGCAAAGUGGAAGAGCCGUUGUUGCGCAAUGCCCGUUGCCGACAACUGUGGGACAAAUGGCAUAAUGUGUGGCUGAUGGCUUGGGAACGGCAACGUCGUCUACAGGAACAUCUCAACUACUUAAGGGAAGUGGAAAAAGUCAGAAACUUCUCGUGGGACCAAUGGAGGAAACGCUUCUUAAAAUUCAUGAACCACAAGAAGUCGCGUCUCACAGAUCUGUUCAGGAAGAUGGACAAAAACAAUGACGGACUGAUACCAAGAGACGACUUUAUCGACGGCAUAAUGAAAACAAAAUUUGACACGAGCAAGCUGGAAAUGAACGCCGUGGCCGACAUGUUCGAUCACGACGGGCUUGGCCUGAUCGACUGGAAGGAGUUUAUAGCGGCCCUGCGACCCGACUGGGAAGAGAAGAAGCCUGCCGAUGUAGAAGCCGAGAAGAUCCACGACGAAGUAAAACGUCUUGUGAUGUUGUGUACUUGCCGGCAGAAGUUCCGGGUGUUCCAAGUGGGAGAAGGAAGAUACAGGUUUGGAGACAGUCAGAAGCUCCGGCUGGUGCGUAUCCUGCGAUCCACCGUCAUGGUGCGUGUGGGCGGAGGAUGGGUAGCCCUCGACGAAUUCUUGGUCAAGAAUGACCCGUGCAGAGUCGAAAUGAUGCCAAUGCCCAACCCGUUUGUGCCUGAUCAACACGAACCGUGGUGUCCUUACAGCGUGAUUCAAUUGAACUCCAAAGGACGCACAAACAUCGAACUCCGCGAGCAGUUCAUUUUGGCCGACGGCGUGUCACAGAGCAUGUCCGCGUUCAAACCCAAACACAACGUCCAACAGCAACCGAGGUCCGGAUCCACGGCCGGGCCCAUCACCAAGGUACGAGAGAGGAGCGCCAGAAGCGUGCCAAUGGGCAAGACGGGCGUCAACAGGACGGCCGGCACUCCGGAUUCGCUUAGCGAUAACGAGUCGUCGCCAUACUCCAGGACGCCCGCCAGGAAGGGAUCCACGCCGGUAACCAGGAAGUCCAGCGUCGGCGGGAUGACCAGCAGUCUGCCGGCCAGUCGACCGGCAAGCAGGCCGCAGAGUCGUCAAGGAAGCAAGCCGCCCAGUAGACACGGAUCCAACCUGUCACUGGACAGCACUGAUUCGAAUACGCCAAGCCGCAUCCCCAGACUGACGCCAGGCAAAACAUCAACGUCUUCACGCAAGGCCAACGGACAAGUGGUCAGCGGCAGAGUGCGUUCACCGUCAGCGGUCGCCAACCAGUCUAACGCGUCGUCCACCAGGUCAUCCCUCUCGAUGCACAGGUCGUCGAGUAUACCCACGUUGGCUAACUCCAGUUCUAGCCGAAGCCAAGGUUCCAAAAUACCCGUUCUCUUGGGACAGCCGGCGUCGCGCGACUCCACAAUGCCCAUGGUGUCGCCCAUGUCUUCGACACCGUCUUCCGGGUUGCAAUCGCCAUUGGCCACGCCAACGUCGACAAGCCUGUCCCGUAAACCGUCUAACGCGUCUGAAACGAAAAGAAGGAACUCCAAGCCGGAUUCAAGAGAACCCUUCCGACUGUAACCAUCUGAUAACGUUGAACUUAACCCAAUAAUAAAUAAUUCUUUUUUUUUUUAUUAUUAUUAUUAUAUAAUCAAACCAAUGAUUAAUCUCUUAAUUAAUCCUGUCUAGUUAUUAAAUUAAGUUUAAAAAUAAAGUAUUAUUUUUUUAAUUUAUAUAUAAUAUAUCUAUAUAUAUAAAUAUGUACAAUUUUCAAAUUUUGUAUUUUUCUUUUAUACCAUUAUGUUUUUUCGUUUUUUUUUUUUUAAUCGGUAUUCAAUGUUGAAAUGUGAUUCCAUCCCGUAUACAUAUUAUAUAAUGUUUAAAAGUAUGUAUAAAACAUGUUUAGAUUCGAGUGCCAUUCGCAAUUAAAAAGUAUUUAAAAAAAAAAGUUGAUGCAAUUUAAUAUUAUGUAAUAGUAAUUUGUUAUUUAUCGUAUUUUUUUAUUAUUAUUAUAAUUAUUAUUUAUUAAUUGUAAAUAGCUUCCAAUGGUUAAUGAAAAUCACCACAUCUACUAUUUACAAGUGCCAAUAUUGUAUCAUUUCAUUUUUGUUUUUCCAAUAUAUAUUUUUAUGUAACAUGUAAUUUAAAUUUAACAUAAAAUAAGUAAAUGAACACCAUUGUGGACACUUAUUGUAACUUUGAAAAUUAACCAAUCGUAACAAUAGAUGAUUAUUUUUUAACUAUAUUUAUAAUAUUUAAUUGUUUUUCCCACUGUGGAUUUAAAAUAAACUGUGCAAUUGUUUAA